GUCAUGCAAAUCGUUUCUGCGGCAGUUCUCUUGAUUGGCAAUGAGAGUGAGCCAGGUGUCAUCAAUCAACACGCUCUGUCAUAAAAGAAGCUUGCUGAGGGCCAACACAGUACUCCUGUCUUAGUUUGGGGCCACCGAGAAGUACUGAUUUGUCACUCUGCCAUUUGGAGAAAAGCACCGUACUGUUCCAAGAUGUCUGGCCGAGGAAAGACGGCUGCCUCAAAGUCCAAAACUACAGUUUCCAGGUCUGUGCGAGCGGGCAUCACCUUCCCAGUUGGCCGCAUCCACAGGCUGCUGAGGAAGGGCAACUAUGGCAAACGUGUGGGCAAUGGAGCUGCAGUCUACCUCUCCGCCAUCUUGGAGUACCUCUGUGCUGAGAUCCUGGAGCUCGCGGGCAACGCCAGCCACGACAACAAGAAGCGCCGCAUCACCCCUCGCCAUAUUCUGCUGGCGGUGAAGAACGAUGAGGAGCUCAACAUGGUACUGGCUGGUGUCACCAUUUCAGAUGGCGGUGUGAUCCCCAAUAUCCAAGCGGUGCUUCUUCCCAAAAAGACCAAGGCCCCAAGAGAGGACACCACUACUAAAGAUGUUCAGUCACAAGAAUUUUAACUGAAAUUUGUACAGUUUAUUUUAAUACAAUAAAGACAUUUUCUAGA